GAAGAGCCCAACAGCAAAAGAAGCUCAGAAUAUCACAAUCCUUCAGCUGCUCUGCUCUCAAGACUGUUUUCAAGAUGUCCUUGGUUAAGCUAGGUUACAUUUGUUCCCAUUUGCAAAACUGUGCUACUCGUCGUAUUCCCUUGACCAGCAUUCCCUACACUAGACAAUCCAUCAAUGUUGCACUCCAUUUGUACAAGGAGGGUUUUAUAUCUGCUAUCUCCAAGGGCUCUGUUGUUAGACCUGACUUGCCCUCAGAAAACAUCGAGGUGACCUUUGACAACAUUGCUACAAGAAAACUAUGGGUCACUUUGAAAUACAGAGACAAUCAGCCAGUUUUAGGAAAAUUCAGGCUAGUUUCAACUCCUAGUCAAAAGUUUUUUUUGUCUGAUGUGGAAAUUAAAGCCUUAAGCAGUGGUUUGAGUGUUAGAAAAAUCAAACCUCAACAGCCUGGAGAAUUAAUAUUGGUUCAAUUGGAAGACAAGAAAAUCAUUGAUUUGCAAGAAGCUGCCAAAAAUAAUGUAGGAGGUUUGGUUCUUUGCAGAGCUAGAACUUAAUCUUCAUAACAACAUUUGAUAUCAAUUCCAAUUUUGCCUGUUUUCAUGAUAUUAUGAUUCAUUACUUUAGUACUUUAGUGCUUCAGUUCUUUAUUAAUUGUUUUUCUUUUCUUUUUUUCUUUUUUUCCUUUGGC